CCGCCGCGCGACCAGUUUGGUUAUGGUGAAGAAGUGAAGCUAAAGUGUUAUUGAAUUAAAAACGUAUUGGUGUUCUACAAAUACAAAUGUUCUGUAAACAAACCGGAAAAUGCCUCGAAAAUUACUGAAAUUCCUGAUAUUAUUCGAUAAUACGUCGUUACUUUACUUUCCUGGACAAUUUUUAUCUGGGAGAGUCCUCAUUGAACUUCAAGAUGACACACCUGCACUCGGACUCCACUUCCACGUCGUUGGAGAAGGGGUAGUUCGAGUACGCACCCCUCGCCAAGAGAGGGUGUACGACAGAGAAAAUUACAUAGAUUUUAGAAUGAGACUGCUCGGAGAGCCAGGUCAAGGGCCGUCGGUACUAUCUCCAGGAAUUCACAGCUUCCCGUUCAAACUAGGUUUGCCAUUAGGUUUACCAUCGACAUUUCUAGGGAAACAUGGUUGGGUUCAAUAUUACUGUAAAACAGCCCUCAGGGAACCCAACGGUCUCACCCACAAAAAUCAGCAAGUGUUUAUUGUAAUGAACCCCAUCGAUUUAAAUUUAGAACCAGCAAUACUAGGAAACAUUUCGGGACAGGAAACGUUUAGGUGUGAAGUUGAACAUAAAUUUGGAGUAAGUUGUGUUGGGUCUGGCGCAGUUGUAUGCAAAGUUACCUUAGACAGAGGAGGAUACGUACCUGGAGAAAGUAUAGGAGUAUCGGCCAGUGUUUGUAACAGAAGCAGGGUUACAAUAAAAAGUACCAGAGCCGCUUUAACAGAAAGCAUAACGUAUAUGGCUAGAGGAAAAGUAGUCCAGUCAGAGAAGAGAGAGUUGGCCUCACUUUCUAGAGGAAAAAUCAGACCUGGAGAAAAGGACGAAUGGGACAAUGAACAACUUUACAUUCCCCCAUUACCACCAACAAAUCUUAGAGGGUGUCACUUAAUUAAAAUUCAGUAUGAUGUAUUUUUCAUUGUUGAACCUAAGAGUCUCCAGAAAGAAGUGAAGUUACAACUACCUAUAAUGAUGGCAACAUAUCCAUUACGAUCUGACGAUGACAACAGUGCUUAUAAAUCUGGAACCCAUUAUCCUUCUACACUGCCUAUUUUUAGACCGUGGUUAGAAGAUAAACCUGCUCAAGAGUGAUCAAUAUUAUAAUCUACGUAUUAUUGUUGUAUGAAUUACACACUUAUAGUAUCUACUAAUCGAAUAUGAUCAUUUAUUGAACUGUAAUGUAUGCGUUGUAUGAUUACUGAUAAGUCACAUACACAUCGAAAGGAUAUUUAUUCCUAUAUUGAACUGGUGCUGAAAUUGGUGCCGUGAUAUUGAUACUGCCAUAACCAAUAAAAAGUACUAGUGUUUUAUAUUAUUUUUUAUUGUACAUAACUAAUAUAAUUGUAAUAAACGUAUGUUGAUAUU